AUGGUCAUUAAACUUGGAAGGUUUAAUUAUAUUGAAGUUUGUGCAGAUUACAAAGAAAAGAGCAACUAUAUUAUAUACAUUUAUGUAGACGACGAAUACUUAAGAAUCAACUUCUACAAGUCUAGCAUAGUAAAAGCCGUCCAAAUUUUUGUAAAAGUUAAUGAGCAACUCAAAAAAUGUGUCUCAACAAAAUUUAAGGUUGAGUCAGUUGAAGAGAUAAAUACCCUGGGGACCUUCAAGAAAGGUCUAGGGCUUGUGAUUGCUAAAACUUCUAUGGAUUUAAAUGAUGGAGAGGUUAUAACUGAAGGAACUAAAUUCAUUACUUAUGUUGAUUUAUUUGGUGGAGAAUAUUCGGCUGAAGAUUUAGUUUUUGUAGUAUAUGGACUAGACCCCCUAUUUGAUGAUGAAAGUUAUGAAUUUGAGACAGAUAUAGAUGGAACAAUAAUUGAAAAGAAAAAAGAUUUUAAUAAAAAUGUAAUAAAAUAUUUGAAACAAAGAGAAUUACAAAAAGUGUCUAAUACAAAUUUAUAUAAUGAUUGGCAAAAAUGGUUUAAUUAUGGCAGAAAAUACUAUAUGGUAGGGAAAGGUGGAAAAGCACAUGAUAUGAACAUAAACAAAUACAGUGAAUAUCGCCGAUCCGCAAUCGCCACAGGAAAUUCAAAGUUAGACAAUUAA